AGGAUGUGGUCUUGCAAAACAAACUUCUUCACCUAUGAAACCACCAAGGCAGUGGUCGUGAAGAGCUGGACCAUCGGCAUCAUCAACCGUGUCGUCCAACUUCUCAUCAUCAGUUACUUCAUCGGGUGGGUCUUCGUCAAUGAGAAGGCCUACCAGGUGAGAGACACAGCUAUUGAAUCAUCAGUGAUGACCAAAGUCAAAGGUUUUGGAAUCUACAAUAACAAGGUCAUGGAUGUUGCAGACUACGUCACUCCUACACAGGGAGCUUCAGUCUUCUGCAUCAUUACUAAACUGAUUACUACUGAGAACCAAGUCCAGGGAUACUGUCCUGAGAGUGAGAAGAAGUAUAAUUGUACCCAGGACAGUGACUGCUCGAGAACUCCCAAUAAACCAGGAAGUUAUGGAAUUCUUACAGGCAAAUGUGUUCCUUUCAAUGCCACUCUAAAAAUGUGUCAGAUAAAAGGAUGGUGUCCUGCUGAGAUCGACACCAUCAAGACAACGCCAAUGAUGGAAGUAGAGAAUUUCACCAUUUUCAUUAAGAAUAGCAUCCGCUUCCCAACCUUCAACUAUACAAAAGGGAACUUCCUUCCUACUAUCACAGACGAAUACAUCCAAAAAUGUAACUUUGACAUGGUCAACAACACCUACUGCCCCAUCUUCAGAGUGGGAGAUGUGGUCCACUACGCGCAGCAGAACUUCACCAAACUGGCAAGAAAGGGAGGCGUGAUUGGAAUAAAGAUCGGAUGGGUGUGUGAUCUGGACAAAUCAGACGAUCAGUGUAACCCCUCAUACUCCUUCACUCGACUUGAUGCCAUGUCAGAGAAGAAUGCUGUCUCACCAGGCUACAAUUUCAGGUUUGCCAAGUAUUACAAGAUGGAGAAUGGGACCGACUACCGCACUCUGGUGAAAGCCUAUGCCAUUAGGUUCGAUGUCCUGGUCAAUGGAAACGCAGGGAAGUUCAACAUGAUCCCCACACUCAUCAACAUUGUGGCAGCCUUCACAUCAGUGGGCGUGGGAACAGUGCUGUGCGACAUCAUACUGCUGAACUUCCUUAAAGGAGCGGAGCAGUACAAAGCCAAGAAAUUUGAAGAGGUGUCGGCCAGCCCGCUGGACUCCCAAAGAAACAGGCUUUCCCACUCGCAGCUUUCACUCAGACAUAGCGAGGCCAUCAUGAGGUCCAGUGACUCAGGGGCGUUUUCUUUUGAACAUUACAGCUAA